AUGUUGACGAGCAGUCGCGCACGAAACUCGGAACAGAUACCAACAAUCUUGGAGGGAGAUGACAUUACAGGAUCGCUAACUUUCUGCCUAGAGAAAGAAGAGGCCAUCGACUUGAUUAGAAUAAAAGUGCAAGGCCAGAUAUCGACCGUUCCUCUGUCUACUUCAUCUUGGAAUUUCCUGGAUAUUAUUAAGGUUUUAUGGUCCAAGGACAUGGGAGAUCCUAACAUGCAUCCAACGUCUCCUUUGUUAAGCGGGAAACUCGUUGGUACACACGAAUGGCAUUUUUCUAUUCCCAUUCCCAAAGAGGUCACCUUUGCGCCUGGGUUUUCACCAUACCUCACUGCCGAAAACCUAGGUCCCUUCCCUCUUCCUCAACCUUUCCAUGAAAUGAACGUGCCGACAACUGUCCAGUAUGCUUUAAUUGCAUCGAUCAAACGCCCGGGACGGUUUCGCGGAAACGCCAAGCAUGGAGUUUGUGUGUUAUAUCAUUCCUAUUGCCUCAUAGCGAUUUUCAGGAUACAAACAACCUUCGGGUAUGUCCCGAUGAUGCGUCCAGGCCCUCCAUCAAUCCUUCGUCAGCUUGCAUAUCGAGGGAAUAGCCCGCUGCCAGGUCCCGAGGUGGAUCCAGAAGGCAGGCAGCAACUCCCACCUGCUCUGCUGAACGGAACGAUAUUCAAAGAUCGAGAGGUGGAGCUUCAAUGCCUCUUCUAUCUUGCCAAACCUCUAUCCUACACUAGAGGGACGUCCAUUCCCUGUAUCGCAGCCAUCAGGUGCUCUGAUCGACAAGCCCUUGGUUUGCUCGCGACGCCAUCUAGUAUCCCAAUGCGACUUCGUCGGUCUGUCACACUUGACUUGCCUUCUUCCUCGACCGAACUUCGCGAUCGGGGUAUUCGCAAGGACAAACACCGGUGGAGAGACGUCAUCCAAGACUUCGGGUCCUGCAUAUGGUGGACUUCUGGUGACCAGGGAUCGUGUCGACGGUUGGAAGGAGAGAUCAAGCUCUGGGAGGGCUUGAAGCCGACUUGCGACUUCGGGAACUUCAAAGUCCAGUAUAGCGUUGUUGUCCUGCCAUUCAGCGCUGCUGCAUUCGUGCCUGCAAACCAAGGGUCGCUCCUUGUGGAGCAGACGAUUACGAUUGGCACGGUUUAUGCUCCAGGUCCCCGGCCAGUAUUCUAUACUACCCACACCGAGUUUCCUUUUGGCCAGCUUAGUUGA